UAAGAUUUAAAAAUAGUAUUGUUUAUUAGUUUCCUUUCUAAUUAUUAAAAUAAUCUGAAAUUAGUGCCCUUAAUGUAGUAGUCCUUAAAGUGGCCGUGACAGCUGUUAAUAGACCGACGAAAGAUAAUACCUUAAAAAAUAGAUAAGUUAAAAAGAAAUAUGUUCAAUAAAAUUAAUUAGUCUGUAUCUUCUUCAUCCUUCCAAUCACUUAAAAGCGCUUCUCUUUGUAUGCUCUUCAUGUUUCUCUUUGUAUAGACAUAGACCGCCAAAACAUGUAAAUUACAAACAGAUAGUGUUCUCAUUAUCUUUAUUUUUAGUUGCCAAAUACUUUCCUAUUACAGAGAGUGUUUCUGUCAGUUUUUAUAUAUUUAUCACCUUUACCUGUGUUUAAAGUAAUUGAAAUAAGUCAUUAUUAUGGUUCAGUUUUCAGUGGAACAGUUACCUGAGUUAUUAGCGGUGUAUUAUAAACGUCUUUUUCCUUAUGAACUUUAUCAUAGAUGGCUUUCUUAUGGUCAAGUGAAUCCCAAUUCCUUCUGUAAUCGGGAAAUGUCAUUUACAUUGGCUGGUGAAGUUUAUAUCAGAUAUCAAAGCUUUGACAAAAUUGAAGACUUUGAGAAAGAAUUAAUAAAAAAAAUUCCUGAAAAAAUUGAUAUUGGUGCCAUAUACAAUGUGAAGCCGAGACAGAAAAGAAUGGCUAGUACCUUUGAAGUGGAAGAAAAAGAAUUAGUAUUUGACAUAGAUAUGACAGAUUAUGACAGUGUGAGGACUUGUUGCUCUGAUGCAAAUGUUUGUUCUAAGUGUUGGAAAUUUAUGGCUAUUGCUACCAGAAUUCUUGAUGCAGCAUUAAGAGAGGAUUUUGGAUUCAAUCAUAUACUGUGGGUAUUCUCUGGUAGAAGAGGUAUUCAUUGUUGGGUAUGUGAUGAAGUUGCUAGGAAACUUGAUUCAAAAGUAAGAUCUGAUGUGGCAGAAUAUUUGCAAUUAUUGACGCGAGAAGAUCAUACUGGAAAAAUUGCCCAUCUCAAUUCAGAAAAAAUACAUCCUUCUAUUAGGCGUGCUUUAGAUAUUAUUGAGAAAGACUUUGAAUCAGCGUGUGUGGAAUGUCAAGAUAUUUUGGGCACACCAAGUCGUAUGAAUAGUGUUUUGGCCAUGAUGGAAGAUGGUCUACGACAGGAAGUAGAAACUGCAUGGGAAACCACUAACACUUCUUUAGAAAGAUGGACAGUUUUCAAGAAAAUAUUUAAUGCUCAACAAGCCAGUAAUAAAUUAAAGAAGCGCAACAAAAAUUUAAUAGACGAGUUAAUGCUUCAUUUUUCUUAUCCUCGUCUUGAUAUAAAUGUCACAAAAGGUUCAAACCAUCUUCUAAAAAGUCCUUUUUGUAUUCAUCCUAAAACUGGUAAAGUUUGUAUACCAUUUAAUCCUUCAGCCGUUUCAUCAUUUGAUCCUAAUGCAGUUCCUACAAUUAGUGAUCUUGUUGAAGAAAUACAGCAGUUUGAUGCAAAACAAGGAGAGGCUAUAAAAAAGGGUAUGAAGAACUAUCGGAAAACUAGUAUGUAUAAAAGUAUUCAAGUAUUUGAAGAAUUCUUAAGAAAACUGGAAGAAUCAUGGAAGAGCAAAUAUGGUGGUUCAGUUGAAUCAAUGGAUUUUUGAUAUUGAAAACAUAGCUUUGAUGAAAGAUCACAUGAAAUCUUUUUUGAAGAAGUUGUGUGAGAAGGAACUUAGAAGUUUGGUAGGUUGGGAUUCUGUAUUUUAAGAGUGGACAGAAGCAUAUGCUGUGAACAGAUUGAGAAUGUAAGAAGACUUUUGGUUCUAAAUGGUGGACACCUAGAAAAUAUUGCCAAUGAGAAACAAGAUAAAGGCACUUUCACUCAGCUUACCAACUGAAGACAUCUAUGUGCCUGGUUAUCUUGAAGAUAAAUCUAAUGAAACAAUAAAUCAGCCUCAUCUCAUACCUACCAUACAGUUUCCUAAAAAAAACAAGAAAAAAACAGCCAGCCAGCCAUAAAUAAAGUGAAGGAAAUGAGAAAGAUGGCAAGGAAUUGCUUGGCUUCAGGGGGCAUAGAAUCACAAAAUUUUAGGAACUCUUUUAAGAGUAGCAAUGGAUUUUGGGAGAUAGGAUAAUUCCAGAAUAGGUGUUGAUAAAAAUGAUCAAAAUUCCUAAUAUAAGUAUAGUGAGGUGGAGUAAGAAAGGAAUCAAGUUUUUUGGAACUGCUAAGAAUGACCUUUAUUUUUUAAAAAUAAAAGCCACAAACUUUAUUGCCCUUAUGUUAAAAAAUUGUGAAAACAUAAGUUUUAUUUAUGCUAUAAAAAUGAAAUAAAAAUUUAUUAUGAAUCAUUGGAUAUUGUUUUUUUGAGCCUGGAAUAGCAUAGCCAGAAUGAUCUUGGAUUUUGGCCAGAAUAAAGAAAACGGACUUUGAAUUGUAUAUGUGAUUUGAAUUACCAUGGAUAUGAAUUGUAAAAAAAUAAGUAUGUGCUCUUAUCUUGUGAUGAUGUUGACUUAAAAAUUGGCCAUGUCCGCUAGUCGGUGAUUGCCAAUGGCCCCACAGCCCUGGAGGAGAUUCCAAAAUCAUUGUUCUAUACUUUUGUGAUGCUACUGAAAUAAUUGUUUUAUGUAUAUAAUAG